GGACCAUUGCGGCGGUCGGAUUUCAAACGGUACUAAACUAGCGAAGAAAACGGAACAAAACUUGAACGCGGUUGGAAAGUUGCAACUUUGGUGACAAGUUUUCUCAAAAGACACACUACAAAGCGUCGAGUUAUUAACGAGCCCUUUUUACGCAGCACUUGUGAGUCAUUACUGAAAAGAACUGGAAGUUUUUCGUAAAACCAAACUAAGACCCAACAAUUAGCCAGCCGGGCAGGGAAAUAACCAGUUGGACACAGUUGCAGAGCACGUGAUUAGUGUGGAACUAUUUGAUCACGUUUCAAAAACGGUCAAAAUGGUAAACGACAAACCGGUCAACGAGCAAAAGCGGACGUUCUGCGUGAUUGGGGCAGGCACAGCUGGACUGUGUGCUGCCCGACAUGCCCUGCAGGCGGGAGGAUCGGUAACGAUUUUCGAGAUGGACAAACAGCUCGGAGGCACCUGGGUGUUCAGCGAGGAGGUGGACAAAAAUGAGUACGGCAUCGACGUCCACUCGAGUAUGUACAAAGGGUUGAAAACCAAUCUGCCGAAGGAAAUUAUGGGUUACCCGGACUUUCCCAUUCCGGAGCAGGAUAGCAGUUACAUACCGGCAGAGGAUAUGAUUAAGUUUUUCCAGCUGUUUUCGGAUAGCUUCGGAAUUACGGAACAUAUCAGGUUCAAUCACUAUGUGAUACGCAUUAAACCGACCAAAGACGAACGUCAGUGGGAGGUGAUCGUUAAGGAUUGUCCGAAUGAUAAACUGCUAACGUACUAUUUCGAUUACGUACUGGUCUGUAACGGCCACUACCAUACUCCGAACUUCCCUAACUAUCCUGGAGCUAGCACGUACAAAGGGAAACAGAUGCACAGUCACGAGUUCCGAUGUAACGAUCCAUUUGUCGGUGAAACUGUGCUGGUCGUUGGUGCGGGACCUUCCGGGAUGGAUAUGGCUUAUGAAAUGUCCAAGAAAGCGGAACGUGUUACGCUCAGUCAUCAUCUGAAAGACACCCCGAAAACAAUUUUUCCGGACAACGUCACCCUGAAGCACGAUGUUGUGAGUUUAACGGAAACGGGAGCGGUCUUUUCGGAUGGAACUUCGCAAGACUUUAGUGUGAUUUGCUACAGUACCGGGUACAAGUACACGUUCCCAUUCUUGAGCGCCGAUUGUGGGAUUAUCGUUGAGGACAACUACGUUCAGAAGUUGUACAAGCACUGUAUCAACAUCCGGUAUCCGACGAUGGCUUUCAUCGGAUUGCCGUUCUACGUUUGUGCGGCCCAAAUGAUGGAUCUACAGGCUCGAUUCUGUAUCAAAUUUUUCAGCGGUGCCAAAGAACUACCUUCGGCUGAAGAGAUGGAAGCCGAUACCAAUGCCGAGAUGGAAGAACGUUGGAGUCGUGGGUUGAAGAAGCGUCAGGCGCACAUGAUGGGACCCCAGGAGGAUGUGUACUACGAUGAUUUGGCCAAGACCGCUGAGGUGGAACCCAUCAAGCCGGUAAUCAAGAAGCUGCACAAAGUUUGCGCGUUUCGGUUCAGCGAGGAUCUGGUCAACUUCAGGAGAGACAAGUUUCGGAUUGUUGAUGAUCAAACUUUCGUGAAAGUGGAUUGAAUAUUUCUUACAGUACCAACAUGAAACUUUGAUGAAUAAAUUAUGGACCAUUGCUUACUUUCGGGUUGUUUGUAGCUAAACAGUGAAAUUUCGUUGUAUGAAAGUAAUGUGCAUUUGAAGCAUUUUAGUAUAAUUGGAAAAUUUAUGUGUAUAUUGAAAUAUUACUGAUUUUGUAUCAUGUCAACGAUUUAAUAAACGAAUAUAUU